CUAUGCUCCCCCGCGUCUGGUCUAUUUAUUGUCGCGGGGAAGCAGCGGCCGCCCUGUACCCGGAACAACAAAGCACGAAAGACGGAGCCCGAGCCUUCGGGGCUCCUAGCAACCGGCCGGGGCAGGAGUUCCAUGGAGACUGGGGAGCGUGCUCGCCUCAUCAUCAUCCUUAUCCUCCAGCUUAUCCUUCGCGUCCGCCGCAACCGGCAGCAGCGCUGCCGCCGCGUCCUCUGCCGCCGCCCGCUCUUCCCACGGAUGUGAUCUUCGUGGUGGGAAGCCAAGUUUUUAAACUACCCCAAUGGAUGCAGACAGUGAUGUUGCAUUGGACAUUCUAAUUACAAAUGUAGUCUGUGUUUUUAGAACAAGAUGCCAUUUGAACUUAAGGAAGAUUGCUUUAGAGGGAGCAAACGUAAUUUAUAAGCGUGAUGUUGGAAAAGUAUUAAUGAAGCUUAGAAAGCCUAGAAUUACAGCUACAAUUUGGUCCUCAGGAAAAAUUAUUUGCACUGGAGCAACAAGUGAAGAAGAAGCUAAAUUUGGUGCCAGACGUUUAGCCCGUAGUCUCCAGAAACUAGGAUUUCAGGUAAUAUUUACAGAUUUUAAGGUUGUUAACGUUUUGGCAGUGUGUAACAUGCCAUUUGAAAUCCGUUUGCCAGAAUUCACAAAGAACAAUAGACCUCAUGCCAGUUAUGAACCUGAACUUCAUCCUGCUGUGUGCUAUCGGAUAAAAUCGCUAAGAGCUACAUUACAGAUUUUUUCAACAGGAAGUAUCACAGUAACAGGACCCAAUGUAAAGGCUGUUGCUUCUGCUGUGGAACAGAUUUACCCAUUUGUGUUUGAAAGCAGGAAAGAGAUUUUAUAAUUCACCACUUAAUUGGUUAGAAUCCUUAACUGAGCACCUUUUAAAACCUGCUGCACAUUGGACUCAAAAGGAAAACCGGACCAACAGUAACUGAGGAAAUAGACUCUUUUAUUCUUUCACGGCUACAGUGUAAGCUCCAGGCCCUUUGGAUUUUAUUUCAAACCUUGCUGUAAUAUAAAAAGGAAGUUUACAAGACGUGACAUUGCUGCUUUUACAAAAGGACACUUCUAUUUAUUUUCGCAGUGAUUUUCAUGUCCCCGUGAGCAGAGCUGUCGCCGUGUGCACUACCGCAGAUUGCUUUGUUGUUGUCAUUAUUUUUUUUCCAGUUUGAGCUAAUGUGUUUUAUUUGUGAAUAGUCUUUUACAUUUUUGUAUGCUGAAUAUGGGCACCAAAGAACCUGUCAAAGUUAUCUUUUUCAAUUGAAUGUGCACAAAUAAAAGUUUGGAAAAGAUCUCUCUUCAUAUCCAUUCUAUAACUUUUAUUCCCCAUUUUUCUAUUUUAACAAAACUUGUAUUCAUAAUUCUUUUUUUUAAUCUAUGCAAGCUUAGACUUUUUGCUAAAGUGUGUCAGCUUCGUUUUGAAGUGUAUUUUGUAAAUAUACAUAUGCCACGUGUGUACAGUAUCUUUUAAUGCUCUGUUACCAAAUAUCAAAUAGGAAUUUUUUUUUCUUGAAGAUUAGAAAUGAAAACCUGUAUAUAAAUUGUAGGGAACCAGAAUAGAACUUUAUAGAUUAAGCAUAAUGUUUUAUGUUGCUAAUUUAACAUGGUAGAAAAUGUUAACCAUCUUUUAAAAGUUGCAGAGUUGUAGUUUUAAAAAAAGAAACCUCUUAUUACCUACAAGAUAAAUACGAGAAAAGCUGUGAUGGGUUGUACCUCAUAUGUACCUUUGUUAUUCUGGAAAGACUCAACUCUGGUUAUAGGAAAAGAAUAAUCUGAGGUUGAUACUCAAGGCUGUAUAUUAGGAGUCUUGUCAGAAGUUGAAACAUUGUGCUGUUUUAACAAGAAGUGCCCCAGGGUGACUAUAUUAAUACUGCAGUUCAACUUGAACUUGAAAGCCAUUUUGCAAGAUGAGUCUUUCUCCUUGCUGUGUCUUAUUGAAUGAAGCUAAAGAGUGACUAUUCAAUACAUGGGAUUGUGACUUUAAGUUAACAGUAAAUACACAUUUGUGAACAGUAAAUACACAUUUGGCUCACCCAUGAGCCCAGAAUGGUAAUAAGAGUAUCAAGCUGUAGUGAUGCUCGACCAAUUGAGUAUUAACUAACAAUGAUUUUACCUAGAAAUAAAACUAAGUGGAGAGUCAUACUAGCUUCUCAGUAAACAUUAAUAGAGAUAAUAAUACAACACAGUCUUCCACUAAAACCUUGAAUUCCAAAAUGUUUUGGAACCUUUGUGAAAAAUUGGAACACUUUAACCUCUAUAUUCUAGUACAUUUUCCCUACCAUGUUCUAAAAUCUUGAAAACUGUACUGAACAAGACAUACUAUUUUAUGUUUAUCUUUGUCUUCUCGAUACCUUCCCCUGCCCUUCCUCUCACUCUUCCUAAGUUGGAGGCAAGAGCUAACUUUUAUAUUUUCUCUCUUGAGAGAGACUUAAUUGUGAUUUUCAGACUUCUUUCUUUCUUUUUACGUUUGUGUUUAGGUAGCCUCAUAAAAUAUAUACAGAAUAAAAUUCAAUGGAAAUUAUAGGUUCUGGGCAGACUGUUUGAAAAAUUUUGAGUUUUCACUAAAACUUAAUUAACAGUAAUUAAGUGAUCUCCUGUUCUGCAGUGUUCACAGAAAAAGAAAUGGAGAAGGAGGGCUGGAGGGGAACAUGGGCUGGAUAUAGCCAAGAUGCAGAUCCAAAUGUUGUAAGACUUUUCAGUAUUGGAGGGACUUGAAAACUAGGUAGAUCAGUAGCUCAUCAAAACGCUUUCUCAGAAAAGAGGAAGAAAGACAAUCUGACUGGGUCUGGUUUCAGGGCUGCUGCUCGUGUGUCGCCUGGCAAAGUGUCACGGGUGUGACCCACUAUCCUUAAAGCUGGUAAGAAAUGAGUGUGUCUGAUGUCUUCUGGCUUUUCACAAGUGCUGUACAUUUUUUUUAUAAAUAAAAACUGUAAAUAUAUA